AUGCAUCAGAUCUACAGCUGCAGCGAUGAAAAUAUAGAAGUUUUCACCACCGUGAUUCCUUCCAAGGUGACCAGUCCAUCCAGGAGAAGAGUCAAAAGCUCUCAACACCUCUUGACCAAGAAUGUGGUGAUCGAGUCGGACCUCUACACUCCCCGGCCACUGGAGCUGCUGCCUCACCGCAGCGACCGUCGGGAUGCAGUUGAUGGCCGCAGGUUCGGCCGGCUGCAGAACACUAGGCCUCCAGGGGCGCAUCCCACCAAAACCCCCGCCAGACCUGUGGGGAUUUCUGAACCCAAAGCAUCCAAUCUGUGUGGGAAUCGAGCAUAUGGAAAAUCGCUGAUUCCUCCAGUGGCCCGGAUCUCAGUGAAAUCUCCGGCUGCAGCAGAGGUGGCAGCCACAGGCUCAGAGAACGGAGCUGUUCUGGGGAGAGGAUCCAGACAUCUCAAGAAGAUGAUGGAAGAGUAUCCAACUCUCCCCCAGGGUGCAGAGGCUUCCCUGCCACUGACAGGCAGUGCCUCCUGCGGUGUCCCUGGCAUCCUCCGGAAAAUGUGGACCAGGCACAAGAAGAAGUCUGAAUACGUGGGAGCCACCAACAGCGCCUUCGAGGCUGACUAG